GCCUUAGGCCCCAGGCCCUAGGCUUGCCAGCGCGCGCGCCUUCGCGCACUCUGCCAUGGAACAGAGCCUGGAGGACAUCCAGGAUGAAAGCGCCUGGCAAGACCAGGGUGCCGCAAAUGAUAAGGCCGGCCUCAUUCGUCGCAUGCUCGAGCGAGGCGUGCAGCCGGAAGUCGUGGCAGAGAUUGCCAGCGUACCGGUGAGCAGAGUCCUGGGCUUUGGCGAGCCACAAGACGUGGAUCGCGGCCUCCGCCCCUCCGACGCGGCGGCGACGGAGGCGACGGAGGCGACGGAGGCGACGGAGGCGAAGCUCGAGCCGAAGCGGGAGGAGGCGAAUACGCGACCGCCCACACCAGAGGAGCGCCCAAGGGCGACUGAGGUUGGCCGGCCCCCAACCGUCCCCGCGGGGAUGCCGGCGUGCCGCGCCCGCCGCAUGAACAUUGGGAUGAGGCCCUUCUCAGCACCAUGCCGGCGCCUGCCCACAGCACACGAGGUUGGCUUGGCCAUGCGCCGGGUGAAGCUGCACGCCUUCCAAUGGAAGCGCCGGGCCGGGGAGUUCUUCAAGGACUUCGAUCUCCUGAACUCCGGCAGGCGCCCAGGAGAGCAGUUCAUUCGGGGCCUCACGAACCUUAUGGCACCGCGGACGCUGGCGGAUCCCACGAAUCCCGUCGACGCUGAGGCCAUUGUGGACUUCUUUCGGUUCACGGGGCGUCUGCAGGGCCAACCGCACCUGGUGGACUUUGUUCGCUUCUGCGAGGAGGUGGAGACGGUGUUCACUGAGCACUUCUUGGAGAAGACGCCUUUGCGCUGGGUGCCGCGACCUGGCCACCAAGUGAUGACGUGGACGGGCUUCAAGCCAAAGCCUCCGGCGGAUCCUGAAGCAUAUGGAUGGCUGAUGAAUCGGAUCCGCGUGCUCUGCGAAUCCAGAGGCAUCGAUUUGGGAACCUGCUUGGACGACACCUACUGGUCCACCAUCGACGCCAGAGCUGGCCGGCUGCGGCCGGAGCAUUUCUUGAGCACCUUCCCCUUGACACGCAGCACUCCCACGGUAUCUCCGGCACUUUCAGAGGAGGAGAUGCAGCCGGUCAUGGAGCGGUUCACAGACGUGGAUGGCCUCUUUCGGAUCUUCCUCUUCCAGCAGGAGGUGGAGGAGUUCCCCGCGCCAGUGGCCUACGAGCCCCGCAAGGCGGCGACCAACUACUCCGCAGGCUUCCCGUUGCAGCCAGGCCGGCCGCAAACCGCCCGCGCCCGGACGGAGGCGCGGACGGAGGAACUCAGCGCGAGUGAGCCGCGGCAACGGCCACAGACAGCCCGAGAAUCCAGGCCGCCUGAGCGCCCAAAAGCUGCUGCGCGGCCGCAAACCGCGCAGCCGCGCCCGGACGUCAUGUCAAUUGUGAAAUCCCACGUCGCCGUCAACCGCGUGCCAUUGUGGGCAAGCUUUCAGGAUUUCGACCGCUUGCGCCAAGGCGCGGUGUCAGACAUUGGCUUUACGAACGGCUUGACCCUCAUGGGGCUACGCCUAUCCUCAGAAGAGAUGAGGCAGCUUUUUGAAAGGUACCAAACUGGCGACGGCAGGUUCUGCUACAAGGACUUCUGCGCCGACAUCGAUGCGAAGCUCCGGGUGGAGAUGGAGGAGCAGCGGAGCGGGUCCAGCGCGAAGGAGGAGAAGCUGCAUCUCCAGUUACCUGCCCAGGAGGAGGCCAUCCUCCAAAAGGUGCACGCAGCUGUGGCGCAGUAUGUGAAAGCUCGAGGCUUCGACAUUACCUCGAUGUUCGAGAAUUACACCAAGCCUGGGCAAGCGAGCUAUGGCCACGUGCUGGUGAGAAACUUCUGGCGGGCCAUGGAUGACGUGGACGUGAAGUCCCUGAGCCGCGCAGACCUAGCAGUGCUCUGCAAGGCUUACUGUGACACAGAGAAGGGAAAUGAGUUCAACUACCUGACUUUUUGUGCAAUGGUCGACCCCUUGCACUCUCAUUUGCCCGUCGCCUCGCACAAGCGCCAUCAACAAUUCCUCAAGCAGCGGCUCUUCGACUUCAAGCAGUGCAAGAGUCCCUACUACGACCGCCAAGGCCGGCUGAGGCCGUGCCCGGUGCCGCCAAAGUUUGGGAAGCCAGGGAGGUCCAGGCUCUGCAACAGACAAAUUACUUUGGUGGGAUGAUGCCAUCUCCCAAAUUUGUUAAGGCAUCCGCAUGAAACUGGCAGCAACAAAUGGUUGCCACAUUUCUAUGCUGCACAAGCAGCAAUUUGACUGUCGCCCUUCACGCGCUUCGACCCUUUUUUCGGGCCGGAGCGAGUGAAUCGGACGAUCUCACCGCGCCGCUUCCAGCUACGAAGUGCUGGCGCCUGCGCGCAUCGCGCGCUGAGCGCGCGGUUUCGCGUUCCCGGGUUCGAUCGCCGAAAUCGGCGAUGGUCCAAACUUGGACUCAAGCUGGGCGCGCAGCCGG